CACAGGUGGAAGCUAUUUGUGCACAUAGCUGAUUAGUGUGUAAAUGCUUCGUAAUUUAACCGCAACUUCUCAGUUUGAUUGAUAUUCGAUGCUUUCACAGCAAUUAUGAGUACUAGAGCAGGAACUCCUUACAUCGGCAAUAAAAUAAGCUUGAUAUCCAAGGCACAGAUCCGUUAUGAGGGGAUACUGUCGUGCGUCGACACAGAAAGGUCCACCAUUGCUUUAGCUAAAGUUAAAUCGUAUGGGACAGAGGACCGGCACACUGAUAGACCAGUGCCACCCAAAGAUGAGGUUUAUGAAUACAUAAUAUUCCGAGGAAGCGACAUCAAGGACAUUACUGUGUCUGAAGCCCCAGCAUCUCGCCAUGGGCUGCCUCGUGACCCUGCUAUUGUACAGUCGUCCAUAGGCAGCCCCUCUGCUGUGUAUCACCCACGAUGGAGUCCAUACCGGGACAUUAUGCCCACCUACAACCAGCUUGCUGCCAGUUCUCUACUCAACCAGCAGUACAAUGUAGCACUGGGCCUAGGACUUCAUGGCAUCCCAGCCAGAAGAGCACCCAUGGUUGAGCAGGCUGUUCAGACAGUGCCACUCACUAGUGCUGCCCAGAAAAGGGGGAAGACUUCAACCCAGCCACAGAGCAGACAGCCUGUUGGCCCCAGCCAGGGCCCUGGCCAGGAUGGUUCCCAGGUUCAGAAGGAGAAUCUACCCACCAGUCAAGCACCAUCUCAGCCAAGUACAGCAAAGACUCAAGACCAAAGCAAAGACAGCCAGAAGCAAGAGCAAAAACAAGGAAGUCGCAGGUCCAGGAACCGAAACAGAGGCCAACUUAUUGUGAGAAACUCUAAGGCUACGACCUUGCAGUUUGAAUCAGAUUUUGAUUUUGAAACUGCAAAUGCUCAGUUUAAAGAUGACCUUACAAAGGAGGUUGUAGUUGCUGUAGUUGAGAAGGUCGAUUCUGUGGAGGCCCAGGACCAAACUCUCAGAGAGAAAUACUAUGACAGAGCCAAAUGCUUCUUUGACAAGGUCUCGUCUGACCUUAAGCCCAGGAGAACAACCUGGGCAGAAGAGAAAAAGUUAAACAUGGAAACAUUUGGAGUGCCUGGCCGCUUCCUGAGAGGCCGAGGAUUCAGGGGCCAAGCACGCAGAGGGCAGAGCGCUACUCCACAACCUGUCCCAAAAACAGGAGGUGCAAGGGUGUGAAUGCUUUUGUUUAUAAUUCCUGUAAAUAGUCAUUUUCUACUUAUUUAAAAGUACCUCCCUAUGUUCCCUCUUUUGAAACUCUUGGAGCAAAGAUGUAUUUUUGUUAUCACAAAUGUGUGUUUUGGGAAUAAUGUGCUUGGACUCUUACAUGAAAUGGGAUCAAUUUAUUUUUAAUCUAGCAGCUGUGCAUUAAAACAUUCCUUGGUAGUUUGAGGGCAUGCAAUGCUGGAAUCUGUCAUUUGAACAAGCCAGCAGGCAUGCUAUUUUUCUUUAGUUUUGGAAGCCUCUGGAGGGCUGACUAAAGCUGUAGUGUUUGGAUGGUGUUUACAGCCUUUAGUUGGUUCAGUACUAGUCGCAUUUGCUGAUUGAUCAGCCUUGGUUGAGACUUGUUCCACUUUAGAAACAACACUUUUGUGACAUGAAGCCCUUGACUGACAUGGCUUUUUUUUUUUUUUUUUUUUUUUCCCCCCCCCCCCCCCCCCCUUGUUAAACUGGAGA